AUGAACUUUCAAAUCAAUACGUUUCGAGCUCAAAAACCAAUUACAACGUUGAAACCACCUCUGAAGUCAAAAGUAUCUAUUAAUAAUAAAGAUGAUAAAUUAACUAAGAAAAGACGAAGAUUAACUCUAGUUUGUGAUAACUGCAAAAAGAGAAAAAUAAGAUGUAAUAAACAAUUACCAUGUGAUUCAUGUUUAAAGUCAAAUAUAAGUCAUUCUUGUGCUUAUCAUGAUACAUGGCCUAAGAAAGGUACCGAUAGUCUGAAUGGUGAUGCUAAUGAUAAUACUUCAACUAAUGAUAAUCAAAAUAAUCAUAAUAACUCAUUAUCGCCCUCACUUCCAUAUAUUUCAAGUGCUCGUCGUCCUAUUGUACUUGAUAAUAAUGUAGACCAUCAUCCUAAACAUAAAGAUAAGAAGAAAGUAAAAGUUAAUGCAAAUGGUCAUGAACAUGAACAUGAACAUAAACAUGAACAUGAAGAUUCUAAAAUUAUAGAUGUUUACAAACAAGAAUUGGAAAGAUUAAAGGAUAGAAUCAAACAUUUAGAAUCAAUAAAUAAUAUAAUACCAGCCAGUUCAAAUGAAUUAGUUCCUCCUUCAAUACCAUUACCAAUCACUCUUCCAUCACCAAUGGUACCAACUAGUAAUACAACUACAUCUUUCAUGUCUACUCAAGUAGUUCCUAUUAAAUUACCUCCAAUAAAUUGGAAGUCAACUACAUCUUCAUCAACUGCAUCAUACACCAAUGGAUCAGGCACACCGAUACCAUCUCACUCAUUGACCAAUGCUACCAUCUCAAAUUCUAAUAUUGCAUCUGUCAUACCUAUAGCUAAUGGAUCAAGUAUUUUAACUUCAUUUAUUGGAGUAAACCCCGUUUUAACAUUUGAAGAAACUGUCACAUCAUAUAAAUAUUCUAAAUCAUGUCCGUUUAGUUGGUCAGUGUUAAUGAUGAGUGAUCCUCAAUUACGAUUAGUAUUGGAAUUUCUUAAAUUAGAUAAAACAAAAUUAGAUGAUAUAAGUUGUCCUGAAGUUGAUUUAAGUCAUGGGAAGAAGAAAUUUGAUUUAAAUUAUAGUUUAAUAUUGAAAGAUACUGUGGUUCUGAAACCGAUUGAAGGUGUUGAUUUUGAUGUUGAUUUAAAAACAAGAUUAAUCUCAUCAUUACCUAAUUAUAAUGUGGUAUUAAGAUUGAUUGAUCAAUAUUUUGAAUUUAAUUAUCCUAUAAUGCCAUUUGUUGAUGAAACUAUAUUCCGAAAUGAUAUUAAAAAGAUUAUUAAGUUUGAUAAUACUACUAAUAAAAUCAUUGAUCUUAAAUUUACUGAUUUUAAUUAUGAUUUAUGUAUAAUAGGGAUAUUAUUAAUUAUUUUAAGAUUAUCAUUUUUAUCAUUUUUAAGAAAUAAUCAUGAUUAUAAUCGACAAUUCAUUGAACAAGAAAAGGAAUUAUUUGAAAAACCAAUUAAUUUAGAUCAUGUAUCAUUAAGUCGAGAAUGUUUAUUUAAAAUUCUUUAUGAGAUAAAAUAUGAGAAUUUAAUUGUGGUUCAAUUUUUAUUCUAUUUAAGAUAUUAUAUUCGUAUUUCACCUGAAGAUGGAUAUAGAAAAGAUGCCAUUGAUUAUAAUAAACAAUUAAUUGAAUUGGCAUUAACUUUAAAAAUCAAUCAAGAUCCUGAUACCUUUCCUGAAUCUAUUAAAUUAUCUAAUAGUGAAAAAAGUUUAAGAAGAAAAAUUUGGCAUUUUAUAGUUAUGGCUGAUAUUCAUAAUAGUUUAGUAUUUGGUAAUCCAUCUCGGAUUAAUGCUGUGAAUGCUGAUACUAAGAAACCAUUUCCCGUAACUUCAGAAUUACAAUCGAAUUUAAAAAAUUUUAAUCAUGAACAAGAUAUCUUUAAUGGGAUUUAUUCUAAAUCAUAUAAAUUUUAUGGAUCAAUGAAAGCGAUGUCUGAUUUUGUUACAAAUAGUGAUGGAUAUCAAUUAGUGAGAUUGAUUGAACAAUUGAAUCAAUUUGAAAUUGAUGUUCUGGAAUAUUUUAAAGAAUUAUUUCAAUAUUUAUUAACAGGAUUUGAAAAAGAAGAAUUAGAUGGAAUUAAGAAUUUUAAACGAAUUUAUCAUGUUAAAUUAUAUUUAUCAGUUAUAAAUUUCAUUACCACGAUAUAUUAUUAUAUUUAUUUAUUUUAUGAAGAUAUUAAUUUAAAUAUUAGUUUUUUUUAUUUAAAAAAAACGAUAAUUUAUAUUAAUGAAUUAAUACCAUUUUAUAAGAAAUUGGUAUUUAAUAAAGUAUUAAGAAGUGAUUUUCUUUAUAAUCCUACUUUACAAGGAGUUAUUCAUAAAUCAAGUCAAAUUUUAUUAUCAUUACAUAUUAAAUUUAAAGGUGAUGAUUCAUAUAAAGAAUUAAGAGAUACUAUGUUUAAAAAUUAUAUUAUAUUUGUGGAGAUUUUAGAUAAUUUAAGUACACGAUAUUAUUAUAGUUGGAAGAUUACCAAAGGUCAUAGAUAUUUUUAUUAUAUUACCAAUAGUGAUAAAUUUGAGAAAUUUUUUUUGCAACAAAAACAGAAACAAGAAAAUAAUGGGGGGAUGAGAUAUAAUGAUUAUCAAAUUCGAGAAUUACAAGGGAUUAUAGAGUAUAGUUUGAAACGAAUUGAACAAGAAGAAGAUGAACAACAAAGGAAACAGCAAGAAAUAUAUCCCAUUCAAGUUGAAAAAGUAGAUAUCAACCAAAAGGUAACGGAAGAACUGAAUGAAUCAAUAAAUAAUGGCAGUUUAAUUUCUAGUAGUAAUAUAACAAAUAGUCCUAACAAUGGAUUUGAUUUACAAAUUGAUCAACAAUGGAUUGAUUUAGUGUUUCAAUUCAGUGGGAAAAAUGAAUUAUUUGCUGAUUCUUUAGUGCCAACAACCUUGGCAUUAGACUCGACCACUACUAAUAUUACCACUACUAAUACGAUAGAAAAUAAUUCAAAGGUAUGUGGAGAGUCUACCCUUUCGAAUUCCAUUGGUGAAGACUUUCGUUCUAAUCCUUACAUUGAUAGUAUUCAUCGUCCAGCUUCACAAGCUUCAUAA